AUGGCAGGUGAAACGAUGUCGUCUAUAUCCGAUUUAUUUGGAUUAAAUUCGCCUCGUGGAUUACUAAACUUUGGAAAUACUUCCAGUGGACUCUGUACGCCGCCUGCUACCUCGCCUAAUUUUCAGCUAAAUUUUGAUGAUGCAAAGUUUCAAGCAGGUCACUUGAAUUAUGCAUCAUCUGUUGCUUCACCUGCAAAAAAUCUCCAACGUAAUAUAUCACUGGGAAGCGCAGGGUCAUCUCCAUGUACACCACCUAGUUAUUAUUCGGCGUCGGCGCGAGCCUUAAGAAGUACUUCAUUAAGUGAUUCUUGUGGUAGCAGUAGUCCAGGAGUUUUAGAGCAUUCUCUUCUAAGUACCAAUAAUUCUCGAUCUAACUCUCCAGAAUCAGAUUUGAGUGGUAUAUCAAGCCCUGAUGGCAGUCUUUGCGAAAUAUUGAAUUCAUUGACACUAAAUGAUAAUUUGGCUCGUAAUAUUUUCGGCAGUGGAACAACCGACUUGGAUAUAUCAAAUUUACAAAAUUUGCAAGCUAUUCACGCUCUUAAGUAUUUGCAACAACCUCCUGCUUUACUCAGUACACUGUUGCCUCCUGCCUGUUCACACAACAGUACCCAGCAAAUACUAGAUAAAUGGAAUGGCAGUGCUUCUUCUUUGAUAAACUUUAUCCCAGAAAACUUACAACUAGACAAAGCAGCUCGUUUUCAUCGAUCUGCAGCCUCCGUGUAUGAUGCCACAUGCACAUGGAGUGGUGUUUUACCUCCUCGUUCCACUGUUAAACCGACCGGUUACUCAAGUAAAGUAUUCUUGGGUGGCGUUCCCUGGGAUAUAUCUGAACAGUUGCUUGUGCAAACAUUCAAGCAGUUUGGACCAAUUCGCGUAGAAUGGCCAGGCAAGGACAAACAAGCUUCCCAACCGAAAGGAUAUGUUUACAUUAUAUUUGAAUCGGAAAAGAAUGUCAAAGCACUGCUUCAGGCUUGUACAAACGAUUAUCCCAACAGCAAUAAUUGGUACUACAAAAUCAGCUCAAAACGGAUGAAGGCAAAAGAGGUGCAAGUCAUACCAUGGAUCAUUAAUGAUUCAAACUACACCAAAUCGACAUCACAGAAAUUGGAUCCUGGAAAAACUGUGUUUGUAGGAGCACUUCAUGGUGUGCUCAAUGCAGAAGGUCUGGCAAAAAUAAUGAAUGAUUUGUUUGAUGGUGUAGUUUACGCUGGUAUUGAUACUGACAAGUACAAAUAUCCUAUUGGCUCAGGACGUGUUACUUUCAAUAAUCCUCGUUCCUACAUGAAAGCAGUAGCUGCUGCAUUCAUUGAAAUUAAAACCUCAAAAUUCACCAAGAAGGUACAAGUGGAUCCUUAUCUAGAAGAUUCUCUCUGCUCAAUUUGUGGCGUCCAACAAGGGCCAUAUUUCUGCCGUGACAUGAUGUGUUUCCGAUAUUUCUGUCGCAUUUGCUGGCAGUGGCAGCACAACAGCGAGAUUCGUCACCACAAGCCCAUGAUGAGAAAUUCCAAGAAUAGUCAAGUACUAGGCCUAGGAACUGCGCCGGCAGCUGUUAACUAA